GACACAACUCACACAGACAUACAUUCAGACACACCUUCACGGCUCCAGCUUGAACCUCAUCAGAAAGCGAAGCAUCGACACGCACGAGGCUGUCUGAUGCACUUGUUAUUACGGCAGAGAUGAGCAGAAGAGACAACUGCAUAAAAAGGCAGAGCUUUCUCUCGCACUCCCUCUGUCUGCCUCCCUCCCUCCCUCUCUCCCCCUCCUGUCCUGUGAUGUGUUCUGGCCAGACAGUAUGGCUCCUGGGCGUCAGUGGCAUGAUCAUCGAAACAGAGGCCAGAGAGGACAUUCCUCAUUGUUGAUGAUUGAAACUUGACCUGGAUAUCUGACUGUGCAAGGAGUAACCUUCCCAGCAGGACGCUUGCUGCCGGAUCCUGUGUGUGCCAACACAGAGAGGAGAGAUUCAGAGUUCAGCUCCUCAGCCAGCACCACUCGAGAAGAAAACAAGACAGCAAACUUUGUUUACUUAAACUCAACACUGCUUCUCUCAUUAUUUGCAUCCUUGCUCCUGCCCUCCAGGAAAUUUAAAUUCCUUGUUAAAGCUCAUCUCGCCACCCAUUUACCCAUCUCAUAAUGAACUCGUCUGCCUCCAUCACGUCCCUCUUCUCCUUCACCAGCCCGGCAGUGAAGCGUCUGCUUGGCUGGAAACAAGGGGACGAGGAGGAGAAGUGGGCAGAGAAGGCAGUGGACUCGCUAGUGAAGAAACUAAAGAAGAAGAAAGGAGCAAUGGAGGAGCUGGAGAGAGCCCUUAGCUGCCCAGGACAGCCUAGCAAGUGCGUGACGAUUCCCCGCUCUCUGGAUGGGAGGCUGCAGGUGUCACAUAGGAAGGGUCUGCCUCACGUCAUCUACUGCAGGGUAUGGCGCUGGCCCGAUCUUCAGUCCCACCACGAGCUUAAGGCCCUGGAGUGCUGCGAGUUCCCCUUCGGCUCCAAGCAAAAAGACAUUUGUGUGAACCCAUACCAUUACAGGCGUGUGGAGACUCCAGUGCUGCCACCCGUUCUGGUCCCCCGCCACAGUGAGUUCAACCCUCAACACAGUCUGCUAGCAAAGUUUAGGAACGCCUCCCUGCACAACGAGCCCCUGAUGCCCCAGAACGCCACCUACCCAGACUCCUUUCCUCCGCUGCCCUGUCCCUCCUUCUCCUCCUCACCUUCGUCCUCUCUCGCCCAGUCUCCCACCUCGCAGAGUUACCCCAACUCUCCCAGCAGCUCUGCAGAGCCUGGGAGUCCCUAUCACAUCACAGCUGAGACUCCCCCUCCUCCAUACAGCAUGAUGGAGACAAGCCCCCAGGAGGAUGUGAAGCCCAGCAACUCCACAGAAACCAUCAAACUCACGCUCUCCACCCCACACAGAGAUUUACGGCCAGUAUGUUACGAAGAGCCUGAGUACUGGUGCUCCAUAGCGUACUACGAGCUCAACAACCGGGUGGGUGAGACUUUCCAUGCGUCGUCCCGCAGCGUCUUGGUGGACGGCUUCACAGACCCGUCCAACAACAAGAACCGCUUCUGCCUCGGCCUGCUGUCCAACGUGAACCGCAACUCCACCAUUGAGCACACACGCAGGCACAUAGGCAAAGGAUUACACCUGUACUAUGUCGGCGGCGAGGUGUACGCUGAGUGUCUGAGCGACAGCAGUAUCUUCGUCCAGAGCCGUAACUGUAACUUCCAGCACGGCUUCCACACCACCACCGUGUGUAAGAUCCCCAGCGGCUGCAGCCUCAAGAUCUUCAACAACCAGCUGUUUGCUCAGCUCCUCGCCCAGUCUGUCAACCACGGCUUUGAGGUCGUGUACGAGCUCACCAAGAUGUGCACCAUCCGCAUGAGCUUUGUGAAGGGCUGGGGUGCUGAAUACCACCGCCAAGAUGUGACCAGCACCCCCUGCUGGAUUGAGGUGCACCUGCAUGGGCCGCUGCAGUGGCUGGACAAGGUUCUCACACAGAUGGGCUCCCCACACAACCCCAUUUCUUCAGUGUCAUAACACAAACUCUCACUUUUUAGUGUUUUCUGGGUCCUUCACACAGGUAGUCAUUUGUUCUCUUCUGCUACAGGUGGAUUUCUGUCCUACAGUCCUGUUUUUCAUCCCCACAAAUAAAAAAAUAUUCUAUUCAUUUAGGAUCCCUAACGUGAAAAGUCAGUUUUGUUGAGUUAAAUUACAGCUCAUGUAGUUUAAAGAUCAAAUGUUCCUUCUUUCAGCGAGAAUAAGAAAAUUUUUCUCGGCUCUGUUUUCAUCAGGAAAGUUUCAGCACUCCAUGACAGAAGAAAAUGUGAUAUAUUCAUAGGUACUCAAAGACUUGUGUUACCAUGUGUCGUUAGUGUUAAUAAGAUAGAAUGUACUGUAUUUACAUGUGUUGACUUCUUGUACCGUUUGCUUUUUAAUUGUUUGAUUAAAGACAUUUUUUUUC